GGAGCGCCCAGGCUGGAUCACUCGCUUUCCUCUAGUUCUGCUGCUCGUGCCAGCGCGUCCGAGGGCGCGCAGGCCUGGGUCCGCAAUCGACAACUGCCAGGCGCAGGCUCUCUUAAAAGGUUCAGUAAGGGACCUUUGCCGUCCUUCCUUUCGACACGGCCUGAGGGCGUGAUGGGAGGUCCCGAGGUGGGUAGGGGCCAGCUCUCCCGGUGGUCGGGGUGAGGCCAGAGUCCUUCGCCCCUGGAGCGCACACGGGGCUUGAUUUCGUUUGGAAACGACGAAAUGGCGCGCGCUGAGCAGGGGUCAGAUCCAUGAUGAGAUCUUGCGGCCACCGUCGGAUCCUAAGCUUCUUUGCUUCCGAGGCUUGGAAUUCAUUGUUUUGCACCUGUCGAGAGCCUGGGGCAACGAAAAUCUAGCCCCGUCUCCAAAGCGGCGGGGAGGCUCAGCACGCGUUCGUUUCCCAGAGUCUAGGGAGGUGUCUGGGGCGAUAAUUCGGAAUGAUUGUGGCUUGAUCUUUCCCGUUGCCCUCCCAACUGUAGCCGGCCCCUAGGCCUGCUCGACAGACUUAGGAGGCGGGAGAGGAAGGGGUGAUUUGCAGUGAAGCCCAGGAGAGGUUGGGCCACGCGGCUGGAAGUGGGAGCGGGGACCCGGAGCCGGGCGGGCAGGCAGUGCCUUGGCGAAGCUGUCCGCGGUCCCUGCGGCGCAGCUGGAGCGCACGGGCCCAAGAAGAAGUGGGGUUGGACCCGCAGAGGCCACUUUCCACCCGCAUGGAGAAAGAAAAUUCUCUCCUCUGAAAGCGAGGGCCCUUAGCUUUGCAGCCACUGCUGUUUUUCUUUUGCCACCGACGCGCGUACCGUUUCACGAUGCAGGACCGUGGUUACAUGCGUAAAGGAAAAAAAGAAAAACGCAUUUUGCAGGCCUCGUCGUGUUUUUCAAAGAGCCACAGGCCGCCACAACGAAGAACGACGCCGCGAGGCCUGCAAGAUCCUGAAACUUGUUUUGAGGGGAGAGCAGAGAAGAAAGGGGUUGUUGGCCCCAGGCUACUUAGGGUCCCUAGGAGACUCCCUUCCGCCUGUCCCCGGUUUGGCACAGGGGCCACCGAGGCUGGGACCAAAGCCGCGCAGGGCUGGGAGCAGCAAAGGCCGCCGGCGGGGCGUGGACGACGCGCAAAAUCCCGUGUGGGGUGGAGGCUCUUGGGUCAGAAUAAUGUGCGGGACGAGGGAGACCCAAGCACCAGCCGCCGCUUCACACCUCCCUCCCCGGCCUUCCCCUGCGGCGGCGGCGGCAAGAUGGGCGAGAACAGCGGCGCGCUGAGCGCGCAGGCGGCCGUGGGGCCCGGAGGGCGCGCCCGGCCCGAGGUGCGCUCGAUGGUGGACGUGCUGGCGGACCACGCAGGCGAGCUCGUGCGCACCGACAGCCCCAACUUCCUCUGCUCCGUGCUGCCCUCGCACUGGCGCUGCAACAAGACGCUGCCCGUCGCCUUCAAGGUGGUGGCAUUGGGGGACGUGCCGGAUGGUACGGUGGUGACUGUGAUGGCAGGCAAUGACGAGAACUACUCCGCUGAGCUGCGCAAUGCCUCGGCCGUCAUGAAGAACCAGGUGGCCAGGUUCAACGACCUUCGCUUCGUGGGCCGCAGUGGGCGAGGGAAGAGUUUCACCCUGACCAUCACUGUGUUCACCAACCCCACCCAAGUGGCCACCUACCACCGAGCCAUCAAGGUGACCGUGGACGGACCCCGGGAGCCCAGACGGCACCGGCAGAAGCUGGAGGACCAGACCAAGCCGUUCCCUGACCGCUUUGGGGACCUGGAACGGCUGCGCAUGCGGGUGACACCGAGCACACCCAGCCCCCGAGGCUCACUCAGCACCGCAAGCCACUUCAGCAGUCAGCCCCAGACCCCAAUCCAAGGCACCUCGGAACUGAACCCAUUCUCCGACCCCCGCCAGUUUGACCGCUCCUUCCCCACGCUGCCAACCCUCACGGAGAGCCGCUUCCCAGACCCCAGGAUGCAUUACCCCGGGGCCAUGUCAGCUGCCUUCCCCUACAGCGCCACGCCCUCGGGCACGAGCAUCAGCAGCCUCAGCGUGGCGGGCAUGCCGGCCACUAGCCGCUUCCACCAUACCUACCUCCCGCCACCCUACCCGGGGGCCCCGCAGAACCAGAGCGGGCCCUUCCAGGCCAACCCGUCCCCCUACCACCUCUACUACGGGACAUCCUCUGGCUCCUACCAGUUCUCCAUGGUGGCCGGCAGCAGCAGUGGGGGCGACCGCUCGCCCACCCGCAUGCUGGCCUCUUGCACCAGCAGCGCUGCCUCUGUCGCCGCCGGCAACCUCAUGAACCCCAGCCUGGGCGGCCAGAGUGAUGGAGUGGAGGCCGACGGCAGCCACAGCAACUCACCCACGGCCCUGAGCACGCCAGGCCGCAUGGAUGAGGCCGUGUGGCGGCCCUACUGACCGCCCUGGUGGACUCCUCCCGCUGGAGGCGGGGACCCUAACAACCUUCAAGACCAGUGAUGGGCCGGCUCCGAGGCUCCGGGCAGGAAUGGGACCUGCGCUCCAGGGUGGUCUCAGUCCCAGGGUGGUCCCAGCUGGUGGGAGCCUCUGGCUGCAUCUGUGCAGCCACAUCCUUGUACAGAGGCGUAGGGAACCACCCCCACCCCGGCCCGGGACACUGCCCCCAGCCCAGAUCCUGGCCGUCUCAUCCCAUACUUCUGUGGGGAAUCAGCCUGCUGCCAGCCCCCCGGAAGGAUCUCACUGUCUCCAGCUAUGCCCAGUGCUGCAUGGGACCCAUGUCUCCUGGGACAGAGGCCAUCUCUCUUCCAGAGAGAGGCAGCAUUGGCCCACAGGAUAAGCCUCAGGCCCUGGGAAACAUCCUGACCCCUGCACCUUCGUUGGAGCCCCUGCAUCCCCUGGGUCCAGCCCCCUCUGCAUUUACACAGAUUUGAAUCAGAACUGGAAAGUGUCCCCCGCCCCCGCCACCCUCGAGCGGGGUUCCCCUCAUUGUACAGAUGGGGCAGGACCCAGCACGCUGCUGGUGAGAUGGUUUGAGAACACAUCCAAGCCAGUCCCCCCAGCCCAGCUUCCCCUCUGUUCCUAACUGUUGGCUUUCCCCCAGCCGCAUGGGUCCCAGGCCCCAGAGAAGAUGAGUCUAUGGCAUCAGGUUCUUAAACCCAGGAAAGCACCUACAGACCGGCUCCUCCAUGCACUUUACCAGCUCAACGCAUCCACUCUCUGUUCUCUUGGCAGGGCGGGGGAGGGGGGGUAGGAGGUCCCCUUUCCCUUAGGUGGUCUCAUAAUUCCAUUUGUGGAGAGAACAGGAGGGCCAGAUAGGUCCUAGCAGAAGGCAUUGAGGUGAGGGAUCAUUUUGGGUCAGACAUCAAUGUCCCUGUCUCCCCUGGGUCCAGCCAAGCUGUGCCCCAUCCCCCAAGCCUCCUGGGAGGAUCCAGCCAAAUCUUGCGACUCCUGGCACACACCUGUCUGUAACCUGUUUUGUGCUCUGAAAGCAAAUAGUCCUGAGCAAAAAAGAAAAACAAAAAACCAGUUUUUAAAACUGAUUUUAGAAAAAGAAGCUUAAUCUAACAUUUUCAAACACAAGGUCUCUUACAGGUAUAGUUCCGUGAUUAUGAUAGCUCUGUGAUUAUAAGCAACAUCCCCACCCCCUCUCCCCUCCGCGGACCCCCAGCUGCCUCCUGAGGGUGUGGGGUUAUUAGGGUCUCAAUACUUUCUCAAGGGGCUACACUCCCCGUCAGGCAGCAUCCCACCAGCCUGCACCACAGGCUCCCCUGGGAGGAUGAGGGAAACGCUGAUGAGACGCUGGGCAUCUCUCCUCUGUGGCUCUAGGACAUCUGUCCAGGAGGCUGUGCGGAGGUGGGCGGGAAGUGAGAGGUGGGGAGUACUGGCUGUGCGUGGCAGGACAGAAGCACUGUAAAGGGCUCUCCAGCCACAGCUCAGCUGCACUGCGUUCUGAGGUGAAGUCUUGCCCCUGAAUUUUGCAAAAUGGGAAAGUGGGCGCUUGCCCAAGGGCCAGGCUGCAUGGAUUCUCACAUCAGAGUUCUCUGGCCCUAGAAAAGCUUAGAAAAGGCGUAAGGGAACUCAACUCAUAAAGGCUAGCAGCAUGCGGUAUUUUAACUUUCUGCCUCGGCCUCUGUGGAUGCAGAAAUCUGCCCUACAAAAUGCUCUUCAGUGGUUGUCUCUGUGAGAGCACUGUCCCCACCCAACCUGUCACAACGGCCAGAACCAUACACCAGAGACACACUGGCAGGUUAGGCAGUCCUUCUGGUGAUCCUAUUGCAUUCCCUCCUGCUGCGGUUUCUCUUGGCCUGUCCUCACUGGAAAAACAGUCUCCAUCUCUUCAAAAUAGUUGCUGACUCCCUGCACCCAAGGGGCCUCUCCAUGCCUUCUCAGGAAGCAGCUAUGAAUCCGUUGUCCUUGUAGUUUCUUCCCUCCUGUUCUCUGGUUAUAGCUGGUCCCAGGUCAGCGUGGGAGGCACCUUUGGGUUCCCAGUGCCCAGCACUUUGUAGUCUCAUCCCAGAUUACUAACCCUUCCUGAUCCUGGAGAGGCAGGGAUAGUAAAUAAAUUGCUCUUCCUACCCCAUCCCCCAUCCCCUGACAAAAAGUGAUGGCAGCCGUACUGAGUCUGUAAGGCCCAAAGUGGGUACAGACAGCCUGGGCUGGUAAAAGUAGGUCCUUAUUUACAAGGCUGCUUUAAAGUUGUACUAGGCAAACACACUGAUGUAGGAAGCACGAGGAAAGGAAGAUGUUUUGAUACAGUGUUACUGUGAGCCUGUCAGUAGUGGGUACCAAUCUUUUGUGACAUAUUGUCAUGCUGAGGUGUGACACCUGCUGCACUCAUCUGAUGUAAAACCAUCCCAGAGCUGGCGAGAGGAUGGAGCUGGGUGGAAACUGCUUUGCACUAUCGUUUGCUUGGUGUUUGUUUUUAACGCACAACUUGCUUGUACAGUAAACUGUCUUCUGUACUAUUUAACUGUAAAAUGGAAUUUUGACUGAUUUGUUCCAAUAAUAUAACUCUGAGAUGUG